AUGAAACGUCCGACGAUCAGAAAAAUCGUUUUAAUAGACUAUCUGAUCUUGCAAAACGUUUACACGAAAAGAUCCACGCCGCGUGGUACUUUUGAUAACUCGUUACCACCAAUCGCCGAGCCCGAACAAGAAAAACGAUUGCAUGCGGGAUUUAAAUUGUGUCUUCUUAAAGAAGAAGUUCCUGUUGAUGAUGAAAAUACAGCUUUGCAUCCUUUACAACCAACGUUAAUAAACAUCCAUUUAUUGACCGCGCUUACUUUAGGAGCAGCUUUGGUUCACAAUGAGCCAUCAACCUCUCCAAUGAAUGAUAAUUCCAAUCAUUUGGACGGCAUCUGGUCAUUAUUUCGAAAUAUUCACCUUUGGGUUCUUGGGGGUGAUCCUACAUAUUAUAUAAUUCAGGACUCGCAG